GAAAACCAAUUAAAUAACUAAAAACAUACACACACGGCAGUUCGAUGAUGUCUUCGUUACUACUACUACUACUGCUACCUAUUAUCUACCUACUAUCUAUUUUUGUCAUAUUUACUACUUCCAACCCAACAAUAUUGACCUUCUUCUAGCUGUACUUCUCGAACCCGAGUCUGACAGAUUGUUGCGAAUCCCGUAAACUACGUAGACAGUAUAAAUUUGGUCGAAUAAGCGGCAACAUAGCGUCGAUCGCGACGUCACAAUUUAUAAUUUACGCGACCCAAAAACAACGCGCCACCCGGAUUAUUGUGGAAUUAUUGACCGAUGUCGGUUAUUAAAAACGCGUCGUGUAAAUUGAUUUAUCGCAAAUUGUACGGCGCGAUAAGCUCUUUGUCACCCCGGAGAGCAAUUUUUGCCCGCUCGCCGGUCGGCGGAAAGUAAAUACUCGUUGUCAUGGCACCGAAAACGCAAUUAUCGGCAUUUGAUAUCCAUUAUUCCCUGAUUUGGUGAAUCCACUUUGUGACGUCGCCGCCGUCGUUGUCUUUAUUCUACCAGAAGAUCUAAAUCUAAACCUGGCUGUAUCGGUCCUGAACUAGCUGCGAAUGUAUCCCGUAAGAGUUGAAUUUAUUAUUAUUAUUAGUGUAAUGCGAAAUCGAUUUGGUAGUGAAAGGUGAAAAGUAUAAACGAUCCUAUGUAAGAAAGACGGUCGCUAGAUGUAGUUGUAGACGAGGUUAUGAUAGGACAUCAAAACGAUGUGUCACGUCACACUACCGGAUUUCCUGCCGUGUGUGUAGCCUUUUAAAUUAUACUAUUAAUUACGCUUUAUUAACUAAUCAAAAAGUCUCCACCGAAGUCGCCCUGCGACGACGGGAAAUUCACGAAUUUCCCGCACUUUUUUCGGUAAAUGUCCUAUUUCCCAGACUUUCAGGGCGAAAAUUAGAACUUCCCCUCCAAUUUCCCUCGUUUCUCCAAUUCUCCGAAUACCGUCUCUUUUUCUCUCUAUCUCUCUCCGAUGGAAUCUAAGACACUUCGAUUCGUACAUCUAAACUGAAACAUAUCUGUAAAAGACCACAUUAAACAUGAACAGCUAAAAUGGUGACGACUAAAACUACCUUCCUCGCAUGACCCAACCAUCUUCUCGGCUUGUCAAGUUGUCGCAUGCAUUACAAACGCCAUUGCUGUGUCACGCUGAACCGGUAAGUACGAACCUUGGCUUUUUUUAUUUUUCUCACUUCAAUCUAACACGACUAACAUUUUUAUUUUUCAACCGACAUAUCUUUUUGAUAAAUUUCUUUAGCUUAUUUCUUAGGAACUGCAUCCAUAGUAAUAUUCUGAGAAAACAGAAAAUUGCCAAGGUUCGUAGUGACAACUUCAAGGGCGGCGAAAAGGCGCAUGGUGCUUGUAGAUGGCGCUUUGCUUUAUCUGGGAAUGUUGUUAGCUCCCUCAGCGGCUUGGCAAAAUUUUGAAGCUUCCGCUUUCGAGCUCUGCCGACUUCAAAAUUUUCCAAUACUUCUGAAUACGUCGUCGAUAGAAGGCGGAUCCAAUGCUGAAUGCGUUUCUAACCUUUCUUCAGGAAUGGAACGACUACAACCUACGCUGGAACGAAUCGGAGUAUGGUGGUGUCAAAGAUCUUCGAAUCACGCCGAACAAACUGUGGAAGCCCGACGUGCUUAUGUAUAACAGCUGGACCUUGUCCUCAACUCAGAGGAUGGCGGAGACCUUUCAGACUUCAUCACGAACGGCGAAUGGUAUCUUAUAGGAAUGCCGGGCAAGAAGAACACCAUAGUGUACCAGUGCUGCCCCGAGCCUUACGUGGAUGUAACGUUCACAAUCCAGAUACGCCGGCGCACGUUGUACUACUUCUUCAACCUGAUAGUUCCUUGCGUGCUGAUUUCCUCGAUGGCGUUGCUGGGCUUCACGCUGCCGCCCGAUUCGGGCGAGAAGCUCACACUAGGUACAUGCUCGAGUGUCGUAUUUGUUGUGCCUUGCACUCCUGUUUGUGUGGGUGCCGCUUGACCACACUGGCCACGCUAAUAUUACUUCACGCGCAAUGCGGCGUCACACACUCAAAAACACCCAAUAAGACAUCUACCGACCACACAAGACUACAUCGAGAGCCGGUUGCUGCAGCGGCGGACGCAAACACUUUCAAAAAUGCGAAAAUCUUUAUUGCAGGUGUCACCAUACUUCUUUCAUUGACAGUAUUUCUCAACCUAGUAGCAGAAAAGAUACCGACUACGUCUGAUGCGGUCCCGUUGAUAGGAGUGACCAUCUUGCUAUCGUUGACUGUGUUCCUGAACCUCGUGGCAGAAACUUUGCCCCAAGUAUCUGAUGCCAUUCCUUUGUUAGGUACCUACUUCAACUGCAUCAUGUUCAUGGUCGCAUCGUCGGUGGUCCUCACCGUAGUGGUCCUCAACUACCAUCAUCGUACGGCCGAUAUUCACGAAAUGCCGCAAUGGAUUAAAACGGUGUUCCUGCAAUGGCUACCAUGGAUUUUGGGAAUGAGCAGACCUGGGAAGAAGAUAACGAGGAAGACAAUACUAAUGAAUAGCCGCAUGAAGGAAUUGGAAUUGAAAGAAAGGUCGUCGAAGAGUUUGUUGGCGAACGUUUUGGAUAUCGACGAUGAUUUCCGCAACCUUCCCGGGGGGAAUAACGCCUCGAUGACGACGAGCCUUGGCACGGCGUUCAUGCGACAUCCAACGACCAUUGAAGAGGCAGCGGUGCCGAGCUCCGGCACGCAGAGGGACCUGCAGAACAUCUUGAGGGAGUUGCAGUUUAUCACCAACAGGAUGAAGAAGGCGGAUGAAGAGGCGGAGGUGAUAAGCGAUUGGAAGUUCGCUGCAAUGGUGGUCGACCGCUUCUGUCUGAUCAUAUUCACUUUGUUUACCAUCAUCGCGACGGUGGCGGUGCUGCUGUCGGCGCCGCACAUCAUUGUCCAGUAGGGACAAAGCCUACAAUCACGCAGUUUUCAAUACUAUUUUAUAGUACUGCUAGAUAGACUAUGAACGUUUACUGUGAUACAAUUGCAGCGUAUCGUUUUGGCACAGCAGCAAUGUGCCUUCCAUGUGGAACAUUCACAAGCUGUUGAACAACUAAGGGGCGAGCGUGCGUGCGCCGUGCGACCGCUUCAUAUCACCGGAACACGAGCCGAAACGUACCGCAUCCGCACCGAAUCAAAUCGAAUCGACCCGAAAUGAACAGAGCGCCAGCGACGAGACCCGUACGGCGCACGCGCGGCCGCCUUUUGUUAGCCCAUUGAUACAAAUAAAAGGUGUCCACCUAUAUUUAAAAGGAAAUAAAAAAAAUGUGAUGAACUUCGCAAACUAAUUAUAAAUCUUUUAAUUAUAUGAGUUAUAGAAAAAAAAUGAAGAUUAAAUAGAAUAUAUUAUAUAAAAAAAGAAAUCCGAAGUUGCGGGUAAGUUGCGCUAUGCGCAUGUUUUAUAUACAUUGGUGAGGAGGCAUUAAGAUGCACGUUGUUAUAUAUAUCUCGGUACCUUUUUUUGUAUGUCAGGGCCGGACCUUACCUGAUGUAAGCUCUUAAUGCCACCUCCGCACGUGUCUCAACAGGCGUUGUGUGCCCGACUCGCUAUUUAUAUCGCAAAAUGUAGUUAUAUAUAAAUAUAUCGAAACAAAACGUCUUCUAUGUAUAGUUGAUUCGUUCUUUUUAUACGGUAUAGCGACAACAAAAAACAAACAAAACAAGACGAGCACACACUGUCUGCGUUUUAUAUCAUAUACCAUUUUUAAUAUCAUAUUUAAUAAAAAAAAAAAAACUUCGAAUUUUUCAUUACUAUGCAAGUUUCUAUACCAUAAAGGUUAAGGGGCCGCGAGGCCCGUUUAAUAAUAAACAAUAACAUUGUUUACUGGAUAAUAAUGAAGUAACUUAACAGAUAGAAUUUAAUACGAUUUUAAUAAAAAUGAAAGAACAAAUGAAAAAACAAAAAUGUUUCUUUGGGCAUUUUACAAAAGCAUAGAGCGAGGAAUCGUACGGAUUUACAAGCGACAAUUUACCGAACCGCUUUAUUAAUCAUAUUUUCAUUUCAAGAUUUUUAGUUCAUCUACCUACAAAGCAUUUUACAUUUCAUUUAAAUGUUAAUUUAGGUCUCGGGUUACGGUGGCUUGUAACUGCGUUACGGUUACUCUAUAUCGUGUUGGUUUACUUGGCGAAUUUGGGUUUAAAAUAAGAUCGAUGAAAGAACACUAAUUCGCCUGUUGCUGCCGCUGCCGUUUAUGGUAAACGGCCCAAAUCAUUUUUUAAGUUUCGCUUUCGUGUCUGCCCCCUUCGGCGCCCCGUCUCUGUGUCCUUCCCCUCCCGCGAAACUGUUCACCAACCUCAAAAAAGGCGAGCACAAACCCACCCAGGCGUGAAUGUGACCACCGAGCGAAUGCGUAGCGUAGCGAAAACCGCAUAUGUCCGUUCUUGUAGUUGUCGAUAGCGUGGCAAUGAUGUUGUAGUGAUUCUUUAGCGUUUAAUAUACUAGCGUAACGUUCUCCCGAUUUCCCGAGCGCUUUUUUUAUUUGUAUUCGUGAUUGAGGAACAUAUACAUAAGAUAUAUAUACACAGAAAAAUGCCAAAAAAAAAAAUAAAUAAGAUACACUCGAAAACUAUUGUAUAACAAUUUAUGCUCAAAAGAAUUAUUGAAGUUGUUCAUUUGCUGUUAUAUUUUAUUAUGAGGCGUUUCUCGAUGCUGGUAUAAAUAGGUGAACUUUGUUGAAUAAAUGUACAUUGUAUGGUUGAAAACAAUAAAUGCAGGAUAUUCAGUUUU